AUGUUUAAUAAUUUCAAAAUAAUUUUAUUUUUAACAUUUUUUCUAUUUAUUUAUUUAAAUAUUAAUUUUAUUGAAUCAAGGAAUAUUUUGAGUAAAAAAGGACAAAAAUUAUUUUUAAAUAAAAAGAGAGAAAUUUUAAAAAAUUCAACAAAAAUUAAAAAUAACGACGAAGAAAAAGAAGAAUUUUUUAUAGAUUACGCAAUGCUUUCAUAUGAAUCCAUUGAUAAUGAUGCUAUUUAUUAUUUUCACGAUAAUUGUUAUUAUGAUGAAGAAAAAUUUGAAGAAUAUUGUUAUAUGGAUAAAAUGAGUGCUCCAAUUAAUGCUAAAUUUGAUGACGAACUAUAUGAUGUUGAAUUCUUUGUUGAUGAACUUGUUGACAGUCAGGGGAAUACAAUUGUAAAUAUUAGUAGAGACACUACUUUUACUCUUUAUUCGAUGUUUUUUCGCAAUAUUAUACAAGGAAAUAAAGAAGAUAUUACAAAAAUUUCAAAUGCUUUAGAUGCUCAUUAUUAUAUUCGUUAUUAUUUUGACGGUUUAUGUAAUGAUACUAAAAUAAAAAGAAAUGAAUUAAGUUUAAAAUUUAAUGAUGCGAAUAUUACCAUUCAUUUUGAUGGAAGUGAUCUGGCUGGAUAUAGUCACGAUAAUAUUUGUGAAAUUGAAAUAUGGGAUUGGGAAGGAGAUGUCGAGUUAAAAUUUGCAUUGCCAGUCUUUAAUAAUUAUUGCAUAUUUUUUGAUUCUCUCUUACAACAAAUAGCAUUUUCUCCAAGAAAGAAAGAAGAAAUAGAGUGGUCAUAUUGCCAUAUUUAUUAA